AUGGUGGAUUCGGUAACCAACCUGGCUUUAGCAUUCAAAAUUAUGCACCCGUCGAUCCUAUGGGUGAGUUGUAUAAUGUCUAUAUUCCUAUCUGAAACAGUUUUUAUAGCCGGAAUACCUGGAUUCCAAGCACCUGCCCCAAUCCAGCCCCCACAGCUUCAACAUCAAGCACCGGGACCGUCUGCUUCAUCCAGUGCUACCAGCAACUCUAGCCGUCGAAGUGCGCAGCCUGGACCUUCUGUCGCUCUAGCAACAGAGGUUCGUGGAGGAAGGAACUACAGUACGGAAGAAAUGCGAAGAGAUCUCGAUAAUAGUGUGCCUUAUAUACCGACUCCCAUCAAUUGCCAGUACCUAAUGGACUUCCAUUCACUUCCCAUUUCUUUAAACAACCAACCAGUGUCGCUUAUUCCGCGUGGUCUUCUUCAGAAUCCGCCUGUCGGUGUGGGCAAUUUGGAGUCGCAGCGAAGGCAAGCGGCACCACAACAACAAGGUUCCGGACAUCCUGCUACUGCGGCUGAUUCGCAGAGGCGGACUAAUAAACAACCGCAACAAUAUGCUGCUCGAAUAGAUAUACGAGCUUUGCAUAUGAUGCCAAAUCAAGAACAUCUGAUUACACCUGUUCGACCACAACAUCCAGGACAAGGAAAUCCAGAGCCUCGUAUGCUUCCUCCAAUGCCUGCUCAAGUAAUAACUCAAACAAUUCUAGCGAACAUGGCAAGGCUCCCGAUGCCUCCGGUUCAAGUGAACGCUCCUCUGCAACCAACGCUUCCCGCUCAGCAUGCUCAACGACCGCCAAUUAUAUUGCCUCCUUCACCAGAAGGAACAACACGAGUUCAAGAAUACCCAGACAUUUGUGUGUUCAAUGCAGGACAUCCUCGUUAUUCAACAGAUAUUUUCAUGAAUAAUCACCUGUUCAAAAUUGAUGGUUUUGUGAAAUACGCCAGGGACACCGGAAUACAACUAUCACAACGGACAUGCCUCCAGAUUCGAGAACGCCUACCACCGAGUCUUUGGAAUUUGUUGUCAGCUACCGGUUUACAGGGACCACCUGCAGGCGCGUCUACAAGACUACCACAGGUUCCUGAAUCGCUUCGAGCUCCAAAUGUUGUACCUUCACAGGAUAAUCGAGUUAUGCCACCAGGAUCUAAUGUGCAACCACCACGACCUCCCAUUCCAAAUAUAGCGAAUCUUUCUGCUCCAUCAUCUGCAGUUCCUACACAGCUGCGCAGCUCGAAUCAACACCUGAUUCCUCAACAUCCCCCACCUGGGAUCCUGAUGGUCCCUCCGAACGCUCAUCAGCAUCAGGUGCAGCCUGUGAAUAUGAAUUCAGCAGCGACUCAGGAGCAGAUACUACAAUGGAAUAGACAACAACAGUUUCAUCAACUCCAACAGCGCCAACAUCAGCUACUCCAGGAGCAACAGCAGCUCCAACAGCAGCAUCAACAACGUCAACAGCAGCAACAUCAGAAUCUACAACUUCAGCAGCAACAGCUCCAACAGCAGAAUCUACAACAUCAACAGCAGCAACAGCUCCAGCAACAACAGCUCCAGCAACAACAGCUCCAACAGCAACAGCAACAAAGGGCACAAGGGCCUCCAGCUACUCAGCAGUCUCAGAAUCCUCCAUCUCAUUUUCCACAAUUUUUACUAGACCAGCAAAGGAUAGCGCCACAACAACAACAACCAACGACGAAUCACCAGAUUCAGAAUCAUCAGCAACAACACCAACAACGUAUGCAGCAACUUCAACAGCAUCAACAGUUUCAGCAACAUCAGAUGCUUCAUCAAAUGCAACAUCAACAACACAUACAUCUCCAGCAACAGAAACAGGGAUCGUCCUCUAAUCCUCAACCAACGGAACCAUCUCUCCCUCCUACUUCGAACGCAGAUUUUUCAAACAGCGAUCCACAAAGUAUAGUGGCUGACGCCCCGCAUUUUAUUGCGGCGGACGAUGCGGCUCCACCUUGUGCUUACAGUCCGACAUCAUCCCCGCCUCUAACUGCUUCUCCAGAAGAAACAGUCGACGUUAAGCCGACUAUUCCCGUGCGAGAAAAACCACCGAAAAAGAAGCGUAUAGAAAUAAUAACGCUGGACGACGAUCCCCCAGUUCGGAUCAAGCAAGAACCUGUAGAAGAAGUUUCGUCAACGUCGGAUGCGCAGCGUAAGAGUGCCUCUCCAAUUAGAAAUACCAACAUCAAACAAGAAAAAGAUAACACCGUGCCAGAAGCAUCGACAAAUGAACCCCAUCAAAAGUCGAACAAUCCAGCAACAUCAGUUUCAGCGGUUUCCGUCAAACCAGAACCUGUGGAGGAAGCAAGGCAGACUGCAGUCGUUCGGAACUCUAAUACAGAAGGUCAAGCAUCUGAUCUAGGACCUGAUGUCAAUCAAGAGAUCGAUCGUAGAGCGACAAUUAAAUUGCAGGAAAUGUUAGCAAAACUCAUGAAGGUAAACCCAGAGCUGGCAAAACUCAUCAAGGAUAACCCAGAGCUGCCAAAUGAUUGCGAAUCUGUUCAAGAAGCAAUAGUCAGUACAAGCUUACCAGCAACUUCAAACGCUGCGAGAUCACGUUCUUCAUCGGAAGGUUCGGAAGAAAUUUUUACUUUACGGAAAAAAAAGAAAGUCGACGACGAGGAGGAAGUGGAGCCAGAUGACAAUGAGGAUAUAUCACACGGAUAUCCUCAACCAUCCACUAGCGCUGGGCCUUCUCGUAUAAAUGAUGCUUCAAAAAACCAAAACAGUAGACCAGAAAAGAGAAAUGUUACUUUUGAAGAAUCUGACGACGAUAUGCCACUAAUCCAAAAGAAAAAGAAGCGAAAUAACCGAAGAUCUUCCGAGGAGUCCGAGGAAUGGAGAGAUGAUGGCCGUCAUACCGUGAGCACAGAGGAAGAAGAAGAAGAAGAAGAUUGGGAAGACAGCAGAUUUGUUGUGGAUGACGAUGAGGAUUCAGAGGAGGAGGUAGACGAAAUCGACGAAGAGGGGAACUUGGCAGAUUUUGUUGUGGAAGAUGAUUUCAUUGAAAUGGAAGACGAUAGUUCUGAUGAAGAAAGAAGAAGAUAUACGAGGGAGACAAAGGAAUCAAGACGUAGCAGCAAACAAGCUACGAAGCGGCGAACGCCAGUUAGAGAAAGUGCAAAAAGACAUUCACCAAAACCAUCGGAAAGAGCAGGAAAUGUAAGGAAGUCGAAGAGUACCGAAGAUAGAAGAAGGAGAUCCACAGAAGAUACACCGCCACCAUCAGCUCCUCCGAUGUCAGAAGAACGACGAAAAAUGUUAAAAAGACAAGAAAGGAUGCAUAAAGCUGAAGAAAGACGACUUGGAAAACAGCUGGAAAGGAAGGCGCGGCUCAGUGAGGCUCAUGCAUUAGUAAGUCGCCGUAAAGAUCAGAAGUUCAACAACCUCCAUCGAGAAAGGAAUGAACAGAGAAAAGAUGUUCCAGCUCCGCUGAAUGUAACACAAUCAUCUAUAGUGAUUGGAAUCAGAAAUGAAUGGUUUCAGAAACGUGCACAAUCGACCGUGUCUUCUGAUAACGAUGAUGGGGAUGGCGUGCAUGUUCCAGCCAAAAGAAUGGCGCAUGCAAAUUCAGUGCCAGGACCUUCAAGAGAUCGUCCUAUGUCAUCGCACCCUGCUCACCGCAAUCGUCCGAAUCAAAUUGAUCUCGAAGGGAAACGUUAUGCAGAAGCUGAUGAGAAGAAGAAAAAGCUUCAAGACGAGUAUGCAAAGUUGAAAUCGAAGAAGUAUCCGACUGGAGGAGAAGAGCAACGUAUCAAAGAACUUCAAAAACUGUUAAAAGUGUCUCGUCCGUUGCCGCCAACGCCAUCGUCAUUAGCAUCGUCGUCGACUGUGAAAAAAGUGACGAUAAAACAAGAAAUUAGAAGUCCGGUUAAGAAAACUCCAAUGCUGCCACCAGCACCGAAAUAUUUAGAUCCAACGAAGGGAAGAGCGUUUCUGAAUACUAGGAAACAAGUUAUUGAAAAGAUCUAUAAGGAUCUUGUAAACGGAGAACGAGCAAACGCAGACACCGAAGCGCAAAGGAUCGAGCUGGAACUCGCGACCGCGAAUCCUAAUGAUGAGAAGAAAUACAUAAAUUCGUGCGCAACAAGGCGAAUGCAAUUGCAGAGAGAAAGUACUUCUGGAAUUAUUGAGGUCAACAAAAAUGGUUCGUCUUUUUUUGCCGCUUUCUUCAUAUGUACGGUAUUUGCUGGUAUUUAUGCAAAAAUCGGAGCUGUGGAAGAGAAACGCCGGUGGCGAUGGCCGUGGCCGAUCUACCGUAAUCAACAAAUAAUUAUUACGGUAGUUUUCGUUACGAGAGCCAUUGGCCACGCCCACAAGCUUUUCUCUUCCACUUCUCCGAUGUUUUGUAUCAGAUUAAUGAUGCAAUUUUUGAUCAGAGAUGGUGGUGAAUUCAGAAUUUAG